GGAUAGAGUGAGGAGGAAGGAGGGAGGGGAAAGCGAGUGGGGGGUCCUGAGUCCGGCUGGGUGCUGACGUAGAGAAACUUUCUCAGCCGCUGAUGAGGAAGAAUAGGCUGAACUAGAACCGCAGAGCGUUGAAGAACUACUCUCCCUAGACCCCGGUGCGUUUGGCGGGACCACCAGACAUCACUUUGUAAGUCACAUGCGAUAUUGUAUGAAAAAUACAAGAGAGUACAACACUGGGAAAAUGCUGCUAUCAAAUGUGAUAUAAUCUAUAUAACUAACAUCUGGUAUCUCAUAUCCAGUUGAAUUGGGCAUACUCAGGGUAAAGUAAAAGAAAAUCAAGCAUUUAUUUGGCUGUGCCUCAUCAUCAUGAACCGUGCUUUUAGCAGGAAGAAAGAUAAAACAUGGAUGCAUACUCCUGAGGCUUUAUCGAAACACUAUAUUCCCUAUAAUGCAAAGUUUCUUGGCAGUACGGAAGUGGAACAGCCCAAAGGUACCGAAGUUGUGAGAGACGCGGUUAGAAAAUUAAAGUUUGCAAGACAUAUCAAGAAAUCUGAAGGCCAGAAAACUCCUAAAGUUGAAUUACAAAUAUCAAUUUAUGGGGUAAAAAUUCUAGAACCAAAAACAAAGGAAGUCCAGCACAAUUGCCAGCUUCAUAGGAUAUCAUUUUGUGCAGAUGAUAAAACUGACAAGAGGAUAUUUACUUUCAUAUGUAAAGAUUCUGAAUCAAAUAAGCAUUUGUGCUAUGUAUUUGACAGCGAAAAGUGUGCUGAAGAAAUAACUUUAACUAUCGGUCAAGCCUUCGAUCUGGCCUACAGGAAAUUUCUAGAAUCUGGAGGAAAAGAUGUUGAAACAAGAAAACAGAUUGCAGGGUUGCAAAAAAGAAACUUAGUGUUCUCAUGUGACUUUGCUUCACUUCCUGAUGCUUCUCAUGGGGAUCAGAGCAGCAGAAGGAGCAGAUGCUGGAUACAAGAACUAGAAACUGAGAAUACAGAACUCAAAAAUAAAGUCCAGGAUUUGGAAAAUCAACUAAGAAUAACUCAAAUAUCAACAUCUCCAGCAGCCAGUGUGACACCUAAAUCACCUUCCACUGACAUCUUUGAUAUGGUUCCUUUUUCUCCCAUAACACCUCAGUCAACAACACCUACUCGCAAUGGUACACAGCCUCCUCCAGUACCUAGUCGUUCUACAGAGAUAAAACGGGACCUUUUUGGAGCAGAACCUUUUGAUCCUUUUAAUUGUGGAGCAGGUGACUUCCCUCCUGACAUUCAAUCAAAAUUAGAUGAGAUGCAGCGCCAGAGAUGGAGGGGUUCAAAAUGGGACUAACUCUUGAAGGCACGGUAUUUUGUCUCGAUCCAUUAGAUAGUAGGUGCUGAUACCAAGAACAAGAGAUCCUGACUCUUGUAUGACAUUCUUUUUAUCAUUAUUAUUAUAAUGUGUAAUAUAAUUAUUAUCCAUGUGCCAAAAAUUUUUAUUUUUAGACAUGUUAACUUCUAUGAGAUAUGCUUCAGUAAGACUUCAAUACAGAUGCAUUGUUGACCUGUAAAAUUGUAAAAAGCCACAUCUGCAUGUGAGCUAUUCAUUAAGUUACACUAUUAUGUUCCUUUCUGUUUCGGUUGGAGAUAAAUUUAUACUACUAAAGAAGAGAGAGUUUCCUAAUUCUUCUAUUUCUGGGUUAUAAGUUACUACCUUUGAAAACUACAUUAACUUUUCUCAGUUCACUAGAAUAUUGUUGAAUUCUAACUCAAAUGUUACUGAAUACAUUUUUCCUGGUAGUUGGAAAGAAAAAAGAAAGUGUCUAACUGAAAACUCAGGACUAAUCUAGGCCCUUGAAAAAUCUGACUCUGACUAUGUCUAAGUGAUACACAUGUUUGCCAAUUCAGUGGAAGAUAAGCAAAAUGAUUACUUGAUUAUAUGAGAGCCCAAAAGAAAUGGUUUAGAUUUAUAGUUAGCUUUUAUGACAUUAUAUAGUUAUAACCAAUUAUUUUACAUAUCAAACCUAUGAAAUUUUCAUGAAUCAUGAGCCCUAUUUGUCAUUAUGUCUAUUAGCUGCUUUUCAUAUCACUGGAAAAUUUUACACCUUGAAAUUAAUGACUUCAGAACACUAACUUUCAGACAGAUGAAAUGAUUAAUGAAUAUUAAUUGAGAAGAUAAUAAAAAUGAAUGUAUUUAGAAUAUGUAGUAGUAUAUAUAGAUACCAGGUAACUCCAAUGAUUAUAUUCAAUUGUUUACUUUGUUUCUUUUUUAUUUUAAAAGUAAAAUUUGAAUCAAGAUCUAAGAAAAUAUAGAAAAUCAUUUAAAAAUAUCAUCCUAUUUCAAAUGAAAGCAGUGAUAUUAAAAAGCAUAUAUGCCUUUCUAAAUUGAUAAUAGAGAGAAAAUAUAUUUGAAGAUAGAGUCUGCAUAUAUUUACAACACAUUGUACCUGUAUUUACUUUACAAAGCAUUUUUCUGCACCAAAGUAAUAUGUGUCUUAUUGGAAUAUAUUCCCUUGAAAAUGGUAUUGAAUUUGAUGCCCAGCACAGUGCCUUGCACGUCACAGGCAUUUUUAUAUGUAUUUGUUGAAUUGAACUGACUUUCAAAUACUUAAUUUGAUAUUCCAUAGUUAGUACUGGUAUUUUAGCAUCUAUGAGAAUCAUUCUAUAUGAGUAAUUAUUAUUAGCAAGAUGAUGUGACCAAAUUUCACUUUAACCUGAUUUUUAAAAAAAAUAGAAAUCAUUAUGUAUAGACAUGUAAGUUGUUUCUGCUAGUGUCAGAGUAUAACUGACAGCUAUUUUGUAUUUCAUUAAUCAUUAACAUGAGCAUUAAAAAAUUAUUUAAUUUCAUUCAUGAUUCAGUUAUGACCUUGUUCCUUGAAAAUAUUUUUAUUAGAGACUUACACUUGCUUAAAAUAUAUAGUAACUAUAAUAAAGUAAUAUCCUAAAAAUGUCUUAAUUAGGUUUCCCCUAAUACAGGUUUUACUCCAAAAUAACUUAAAAGAUUUGAUGACUUAGAAAUAGAUGGGUAGGGAGGUAUAAGUCUUCUCCCUAAAAAAGGUUUUCUUUUUGGAUUCAUGAACAUAUGCUUUUGUUCUAUAUUCUAGUUUAAAUUUAAUCUGGGAAAACAUCAACUAUGUUCAUGCAGCAUCACAUUUCUUUGAGUUGUUUAAUGUUUGACCAUGUAUAUGAGUCUUCCUCUUUUCUAUAUUGUGUUCACAUGUAUCACUAAUUCUAGAGUAGUAUAUGUUUCAUAAAAAGAUGUCUUUAUAAUUGUGUUUGUCAUAUAGUAUUUUGCAAUUUGUACAAUAAGGAUGUUUAGUAGCCAUAUCUUAAUGGCUUUUUUAACAGAUAGAAUUUGUAUUUUUAUUGUACUUUAAAAAGCUUUAUGUAAUAGGCAUAUAUUUAGUGUCCAUUUACUAUCAAUGAUAACACAAUACAGUACUAAGAUGAUAUUUGCACAUGUAAAGAAAUUUUUCUUUACAGAUUUUUUAACAGUAAUCAGGUAUGAAAAUGGCAUGAUUAAUACAUAACUGAUCAUUCAGUUAAAAAUGCUUAAUUUAGCAGUGCAUUUUUAAUGAAAGAUUUGGUUGAAAAUGUAUAUCUUUGUAAUCUCAAUGGUAUGUUUAAUUUUGCCACAAAUAAAUGUUUUUAAGUAAA